UAAAGGUUGUUUUAUGAUCAAACUUAAGGAUGUGGGGUUUAUAAUUCAGUCCAGUUUGGGGAAAGAGAAACAGCAGCAGUCCGGAAAGGGCCUUCAAACGAGACCAUGGAAAGGAACAUCAUAUAUUUGUGGAUCUGUGCUUUUGCAGUAGUUCAUGGAAAUCAAGAGACUUUACUACAACCUCCCAUCAGCACUAAACUCCCAUCAUUGAUAAAGAUGAACAAUGACUUCGCUUUUCACCUAUACAAAAAGCUUGUAGAAAUGCCCAAUUAUCAGUCCAAGAAUAUCUUCUUCUCUCCUCUCAGUGUGUCCAUGGCCCUUUCUGAGCUGUCUUUAGGAGCUGGUGGUGAAACUAAAGAACAGCUUUUAAGUGGCAUUGGCCAUAACGGCUCGGUCUUCAGCACUGAAGAAAUGCACGAGAUGUUCCACAGUCUCCUGGAAGACAUCGACCAGAGGACAGGGGUGGACAUCGAUGUUGGCAGUGCUCUAUACAUAAGCGACCAAUUUAAGCCCCAUUCUGAGUUCUUGAAGAACAUGAAGGAGUUUUACCACUCUGACGGCUUCACUGUGGAUUUCAGCGUCAAAGAAACACUGGAUAAAAUUAACACGUAUGUGAAGGAAAAAACACAUGGAAAAAUAGACCAAGCUGUUGAUGAUCUGGAAUCUGACACUUUGAUGUUUCUUCUCACUUACAUAUAUUUUAAAGGAAAAUGGGACAUGCCAUUUAACCCAAGCAGGACUCGUCAGGGUAGAUUUCAUGUGGAUGCCGAGACCACAGUUCCAGUAGAAAUGAUGCACCAGUACGAAUCCCUCAAAGUUUAUUAUGAUACCAACCUCACUUCUAAAGUCCUCUGUCUAGACUACAACGACUCUUUCUCCAUGUUUCUGGCUGUACCAGAUAACCACAGAGGUCAGACCAUCAAAGAUCUGGAGAAGGCCAUCUCUAGACAGCACAUUGAAAAGUGGAGGACAGCUGUCAGUAAAAGAAAAACUGACAUCUAUGUUCCCAAGCUCUCUCUGAAAACAUCGUAUUCCCUGAAAGAUAUUUUAAAAGGAAUGGGAAUGGCUGAUAUGUUUACAAAUAAAGCCAACUUCACAGGAAUUUCAGAGGAAAGGACAUUCAUUUCAAAGGUUUUGCAUAAGGCUACUCUGGAUAUCGACGAGAAAGGAACCACCGCAGCAGCGGUGACAACAGUUGAAUUCAGACCACUGUCCUACAGCCCACUGCAUACUUUGAAUUUUGACCGUCCAUUCAUGAUCUUUAUCACUGACCAAAAAAAUGACAACAUCCUCUUCUUUGGAAAAGUUGUCAAUCCGGCAGAAAAACAGUAAUGUGACAUUCAAGAUGUCAUGACAACAUUAGCCAGCAGGUGGCUGUGAUUUAAACACUGAUUUAAACUGUUGUGCCAUUAUUUUGUUGGCUCUACAGUGUGUUAUGUGUUAAUGUAGGACAGAGAUACUCAGUUCUUCUUCAAGAUGUAUUCAACCCUGAUCGUAGCGACCCACUAUUUCUGUUUCCUCUGGUGAAUGUAUACUUCUCUGCCAUGUGGUAACUGUUAGUGCUUAACUGAUAAAAGUAAUAAUAAUGAUAACAAUAAUAAUAAAACAAAAAUGUGGCAAUACCA